UGUGUUUGACAGACAGCAUGCAUAGCUGCCUAUAAAGAGACACAGAGCAGAGAGAGCUGAUCAUUUAGAGUAAGUGUGUUCUCUUGAGUUAGCCAAGAUAUGAAGUUCUCUAUCUCUUGCCUUCUUCUAAUUCUGUCCUCCAUUCUCUUGCUUUCCCAGCAGAGCAAUGCAAGAAAAGACUUGGGAGGCUACUGGAAGAGUGUGAUGAAUGACCAGCCAAUUCCAGAAGCCAUCAGAGACCUCUAUUUCCAUCAAGAUCAUGAAGAUCAUUUGCCAUCUCUCCCUGGUUCAAGAGAAAAAGACCAUUUUGUUAGGGACUUUGAUAUUAGGCCUAAUGCUAUAAUAUACCAUGGAGCUCAUCAUCAUCAUAAUCAGCAGCAGCAGCCUGCAGAAGACAAGCCCAUGCAUGAUAUGGAGCCCAAAGAAGAAACUUCUUAUAUUGAAACAGUCACCCAUGGCUGAAGAAUCAGAUAUUCAGAAAGAUCAGGAAUAUAUUUCAUGUGUUUCUUCUGUUAGAACAAGUUUGAAAUAGAGGACCUAGCUCUUAUGUUUGUACUAUGUUUAGUAGUGUUUUGUGCUUGGGUGUUGGGAUUUCUCAGUUUUUAAUUAUGGUUAUGUUUCCAUGUAGCCAAGGGAGUGAUAAUUGAAUGUUUAUAUACAUUAAGUGUGUGAAACAUGCAUAAUUAAGGGUGGAAUUACUGGAUUGAUUUCUAAUGAAUA